GCAACCCAGCUCUGCUGCAAUCGAAUUCCCACUGCUAGACCACCACACCCACCAACACACCGGGAGAGAGGUUUGGUCUUGUCCAGGGCUCUGAAGAGGGAGGCGCGUUGUUCCCGAAGCUAACUAGAAGCAGCCCGAGACAACAUGUCGAAGAAAAGCUCGAACCCGGUGGUGUCCCUGACUUCGGGAUGCAUCGCCGGAGCCGUGGAAGCCAUGUGUGUGUGGCCGCUUGAAUACGUCAAGACCCAGCUCCAGCUUGCGGACAAGCUGCCGGCGGGCCAGAAGCCCAAGUACACCGGGGUGGUGAGCGGGCUCACGUACACCGUGCGGACAACGGGGUUCUUCUCGCUCUACCGAGGGCUGGCGCCGACCCUCCUGGGCUCGAUGCCCAAGGCCGGCAUCCGGUUCGGGGGUAACUCGGAGCUCAAGAAGAUCCUCGCGGGCAAGGAGAACAAGAAGCUCUCCUCCGGGGAGCAGUUCCUGGCGGGCUUCGGGGCGGGGGUGCUGGAGGCCAUCUUCGCGGUGACGCCCAUCGAGACCGUAAAGACGAAGGCGAUCCAGACCAACGCCCCCUUCAUGCAGGGGGUCAGGACCAUCCUCAAGAACGAGGGGCCCGCCGGACUGUACCAGGGUGUGUGGGCUACCAUCGCCAAGCAGGGCUCCAACCAGGGGCUCCGAUUCAUGUGGUUCAACAAGUACAAGGGGAUCGUCAGCGACGACGGAGCGCGACCGCUGUCUGACAUCGAGAACCUCUUGGGCGGCAUGUCCGCCGGCUGCUUCAGCACGCUGGGAAACAACCCUUUCGACGUGGUGAAGACGAGGAUGCAGGGGGUCGACGCGGCCAAGUACAAGAGCACGGUCGACUGCUUCAGACAGAUUAUCAAGGACGAGGGCGCAAAGGGCUUGUACAAGGGGGUCGUGCCCCGGCUGGGACGAGUUGUCCCCGGGCAGGGUAUCAUCUUCAUGUCCUACGAGCGAAUCCAGACGUUCGUUGCGGGGAUAGUCGAGGGGCCAAAGAAAUAAGAACCGAAUCAGUAACACCAUCGUGCCUUCUGUUUUUGGUCAGGACCAGUGUAGCCAGCACACAAGCUAGCAGCUUUUAUUAGCGUAGUUUUGGGGAGUUGUUCUGUUUUUGUGGGGUAGUAUUGUUGGUUGUCGCUUCUUUUGGCUAGGCGGGAUUUUCUUUCGGCGGCGGCCACCCUCUUGCCGAUGCUUUCGAUUGGUUGCCGGGGUUGAUUUUUGUUUUUCCGCCGGCGAGAAGGAGCACCUAGGUCUUGUGUUUUCAUCGUCGAAACAAUGCUGCUGUUGGCGAUUGACCCGCGGGGACAGACGUCGUUGAGCGCGCGAAAUGACGCGCAGACGAGGCCACCCUUUUACUUGCGAGAGGUUUUCGUUGCAAGCUGUAUCUCCCUCCAGUCGAAAUCUACCCAUGUGUAUGUAUCGCCUCCAAGGCUCUGCUCGAGAGCCUGCUAAUAGGAUGCGUCAAAAUAAGCCUUGUUUGUGGGGGCAAACGCAGAAAGUAUAUGGUGGCGUGGCUCGGGUUUUCGAGUGUCUGGGCGGGGGAGGGGGGGCAGGCACAGCUUGAACUUGGGGUAUGAGCGCGUUUUUCCAUCGCUCAAUGUAAGGUUGUAGCUCUGAAGAGCAGCUUGACCGAAAUGAGACGAUGCGGUGAUUGUGCCAUGCACCAGCCACGGUGCGGCCAACGUACAACG